ACCGCAAUGAGGAACGGAGAAUAACUUUAUCCUGCGACUUUGGUAGACCAGACGUCCUUUCAGGCGUUCAAUUUCUCACCAGCCACUAGCCGUUUAACACCUCGAAGGCUUCGUCUGACGACAUCCACGUAAUCGAUACCUCUGCAGAGUGUGAAAAAGUGAGAAAUUUCUUUUCAGAUAAGCCAAUUCUGAAAAGAAACUUAUCAUUUUUGUGAAAAACCAAUUUGUGCAUCAUUUAACCUAUUUACUUUCAUCCAGUUGGUUGGAAGAAUGCAAUGUUGGGCUUAUUAAACGUCAUUGUGUUUUCAAGUAGUAACUAAGGAUUGCUUAAAAAUAGUGUGUUUCAAACAAUAUCUUGAGAAAAUGCCUUUUUAAAAUAAUUUCGAUUGAGAUCCCAUUUGUGUCCGUAACAAAGCAUAAAGGUAAAAAUAGGAUAUGAAAUAGUUCUGCUCACGACGGGUAAGAAAAAUUAUCGAUUGGAUAUUUCUGUCUGAAUCGAAAAAUCAGCCCCCACCCCGGUGUUGGCUAAUAGAUAACGUGAACGACUCGUGGUCAAUUAUAUUAAGACAUGUGGUGAAUUGCAAAAAAUCGAGAAAAUUUCGACUAAAAAGUGUUAGAAUAAUAAAUAUUUGCCUGUUAUAAUAGUGCAUGAAGGUCGAUACAAAAUAAAAUUAUACGAGAGCUGAAUCUAGUUCGGAAUAGCGUUGAAAGAGUGUGAAAAAAUGAGCUCAUUUAAUGGUUGGUUGAGCACCCGCUGCGGUGUCUGAGAAGGACUCUUGGAAAAAUCGAUAAGCGCGGAUUAUCAACUGGCUGACUGCAGACAGGAAGGGUCGACAUUCUUAAUAUUCCCUCACGUAAUACAUACGAAGCGAGCAGCAAGACGAAUUGCGUCCACUAAUCCAUAUUGAAGUACAAGUAAAUUUCUUCGGGGACGUAACGAAUACUGGCGAGUCAACUAGUCGGCAAAGAUUUCGACGCAUUAUAACUCGUCAACCUAACAGUACAACCUGCAUAGUGCACCACACUUUCACUGCCGGAAGUGUGAUUUUGUUUAUUUUCGCUGUGGGACGUGUUUGACUAAUAAACCAGCCUUGAUGAUCGGAUCAUUUUGGAAUUUGUGUAGAGCGUGCCCUUCAAUGCCUGUAGAUAAGCUCCAUUCGGAAUAUAGAAGCACCUACCGAUGGCAUGAGUACACUGGAGGUCCCGAAGUCGUCCGUAAGCCGCCAGUGCCAAAUCAGUUCGCCAGCUCCAAGGUGGAUCACUUCUUUUCCAAAUCGACGGAGGAUGAUAAAUUUAUUGAAGCUUCGAUCAACGAACCACCUUUGCCGAGAAGGAAAAAAUGCCCGGAACUGGCUUACAGGUCACACGAGUUUAUGUCCAGCCGGGCCAACGAAUCUCUGACGUCAGCAGUGCAUGGUGGUGGCCAGGAUAGGCCAGAUGCCACUACGACUCACUCACGUGCAAGGUCUGAAGAGCGUGGAACCCCUUCCCGUCGCAGUAAAUCGGAAGGACCGCCAGGUGUCGCUAACGGACGGCUUCCGACCGGAACCGGAAUCGCAAAUGGAACGCAUGAGCCGGUCUCGGUCGAGAGCAAGGCACAGGAACAGGCGGGUGAGUCUAGUGGCCUAUUCAAAAAAACUAUUAGCAAAUUGAGCACAGAGUACCGCCUGCAGUUCGUGUGGCCACACGUGCGCAGAGCGCUCAAAGUGGCCCCGGAUGGCGUGGAUUCAGUAAUCGAGCUUCCGCGAAAGUCCCUCUCGAUGGGUGCGAUCAAGGCAGCACAGGCAGCUGCUACCGCUGCAGGCCAGACAGUGCCGACCGUGCAUAAAAAACGAACCACGAACGAGCGAGAAGCAAACGCUCACGAGCUGGAACCGUUGGUGAACGACGUCGAGGUUUCGAAGUCGCAUCAUGAAAAGCGCGACAUCAGCACUGUUGUAGAGCAUAAGCUGAGAGCUUACAAGACGGAAAAGGAAAAGUUUGGUUUCGAGCCGGAACUCGACGGUGGAUCUGGAAUGCGGGUUAAUGCGGCAGCAGAUUGCACUUGGUAUAAGGAAGUACUAGAGCUGCGAAAGAAAGCAGGCGAAUACAGGAAUCGCGGCUGGGGUGUGGAGAUGAACCCCGAGCUAUUCUCUAAGCAACAAGAGCUCUGGGACCAGGUGUCUAGGAGAAGCUCGUUAAGCGCGUUAUCGCUGGCCUCCAGCGUAAGACCAAUAACGAAAGAGGAGAAGGAAAAGGAAAACAAUAAGAAAAGUUCACCAACCAAACCGUACACCCGCGGUAGGAUUCCUGGCAGUGCAAGGCCGGUCGAAAUUAAUAGAAACCUUCCCGAUGGGUUGGCGUUUUCACGUAGCCGAAAAGAUAAUAUUCGACACCAUUUAGAACGAACAACCGGCCCAGAUGUGGAGGAAGGAGCUCUGCUCCCGUCGCCGACGCGUGAGAAACUAAUGCCCACGAUUCCGCGUUCCAAAGGAGACAGUCCCCAGCGUGGAAGUCCCCAGAAAACAGCAUUGUCUCGUCAUGGUAGUCCGCAAAAGGGAAGUCCCCAAAAAAGUAGCCCCAAGAAAAUGUCCAGCAAAGGGCGAUCUCAAUCCGUUGGACCCACUGUAGCUACUGAUACGACUGUUGGUUCGGUUGGAGGAGGUUCACCCAAAAGACAGGUUCGAGUUGGAAGCACUGCCACUGCCUCAACUGCUGCAUCGGCAGCUAAAGCGCACAAUAAAAAAACGCCCACCACAGCAACCACGCCAUCUCAACCAGAGCGCCGGCCAAGACCAACAACCCUAUCCACCACAAAUCAUUCCCGCUCCAAGAGUAGCACUCUGCCGCAUGUUGGCACUACACGAGUGUAUUCUGCCCCUUCCAGUAAAUCCAUGAUGGCUAACAACAACAUGACCAACAACAUCAACACCGUCAAUAACAACAUCAUAACCAAUACCACCAACAGCAACAAUAACAACAAUUUACCUAAUCACACCCGCCCGUCAUCAUUACCCACUAAACCUGAUAUAAGUAACAAUAACUCCAUUCCCAACAACCAAACCAUCACAUCUUCUAUAACUACAGCCUCCUCGCAUCCUUCUCGCGCUAAGCUCACACUUGGUACAAAGAUUGGCUCGCAGAAUCGGCCCAGAACGGCCAGUAGUGGCAAAGCGGCAGUCGUCGAUUCGUUGAAAAAAGAACCACCGCGAAAAUCCGCAAACAGCAAAACGCAAAACGAAUUUGGAACCAAAGCUGCGGGAAAUGAGGAUGAUGCUGAAAAGGACGGUGGUAUAUCGGCCGCAAGCGCUAGCCCACAGCCGGCGCCAGAAAUUACUGAGCAGAUUAUAAAGUCGCCUCCCGAACCGACACGGGUCAAAUCGCCGGAGCAGAUCAUAAUGCGUUCUCCGGAUCCGGUAAACUGGACCGUACCAUUGGACACGGGAAAAACUUUCACGGUUACUCAAAAUGUAAGAGAAGGUGAUCCUAUAAUUCGACCUCAUAGCGAAAUAAAGGCUUCUACUCCGGUGGAUUAUCCACCACCAGCACCACAAUCAGCACCGCCAGAGCUUGGAGAACAAUCCAAAUUGCCUAGUAGUAAACUAGAACCCAAUUUUAUAAAGGAGUCCGAUGAUGAGGACGACGAACUAUUAAAAUCAAAAUCAUCUGUAACAUCAUCGGUUGUUGUCCCUGUUGAACCCAAGCCUAUGCCAGUUGGUACAGCAACUGUUCAAGAAGCUCCUCUUCAAACAGCACAAAAUACAUCGGACGUUCGCCUCGAUAAGCCGGUUCCAGGAUCGACACUAAGAUGCUUGGAUGAUCCGGCUUUUGAGUCAGAUAUAAAUUCUCCGGUAGUUAAUCGGAAUGUUUCAACAGAUGUUUUAGAUAAAGCACGUGAUAGAUUCGAUCGUUUCUGGGGCAAUCCUGAUGGCGACAAACCUGAAGAACCCUAAGAAUGUGUCAAUCGUAAACUCGUUUAAACUACUGUAGAAUAUUUCUGAUGCUUAUGACAAAAAUAGUAAAAAGAAUUUUCCAUUGAUGUGCGAACGUAUUUGUAGCGAGAGCAUGCAAAAAAUCCAUACUAGUAAUAAUACUUUCUGAUUAAUUUUAUAAUUUUAUAUCUGCAUAACCUGAAAUUAAAAACAAACAAAAAAACUUUUACCGAAUACCAGCACUAUUUAUCACACCAUCAUGACAGGGUAGACUUAGGAUGUUAAACUAUAUUAAACCAGUUCGUAACAUAUUUUUUGCCAAUCGGUACGAGUCCUCGUGGAGAGAAUUUACUGGAAAUCGUAUAUCGCAGAUAUUUACUUACUCAGUCUUGUUAUCUAAUAUUUAGACAAGUCAAAACCAAAACUACAACGUUGUUUAGCAUGCUGUGGUAGUACUCAUUACAGAAUUCCAUAUUUGCAAAACAUGACAAGCAAUACAGAUCAAACAUCCGCAAAAAAACGAAUAAUACAUAAACAGGUCACAAUUCUCAAAUGGUUGAUUGUUUCGUUUCUAUUUGGGAGUGUCAAUAAUUUUCUUUAACUGUACAUCCAGCGCAUAAUAUCCAGCUUACAUAACAUAUAAUAAUAAUUCAAUCAGUAAGUUUCAAAUUGGAUUUAAAUUGUUGUUUCAUGAUAAAGAUUUUAUAAGUUUAUGCCUUUUCUGCUGAACUUUUAAUAUAACUACCAUUUUCGACGUAGAGAUACAAAUUUAAAAACGAUUAACUAUAUUGAUCGGUUGAAUGGAACUUAAAAUGUAAGGUACUUUUAAAAACUUACUUUUUUUCAAGUAUUAUAUGCCCAUAAUAUAUUUAUUAUACUUUUUCUUAUCAUCGAAAGAGCCAUUCGGAAAUUUCCAGUCCAAAACACUUACUACAAUUAAAGGUACAGACAUUUUUCGCCGAGUUGUUCAGAAUUAUACUCACACUAUCGCGUCGCUGCAUUCUCAGGAAAUAGCCGAUUUCAUACAGCGUUAUGAUAGAUGCACGUAAAACGUGUAAAAUAACUAGUUAAUUCUUGGUUUAAAGUUUAUCGAAUCAUUUUGUGGUCUUGUGACAGGAUUACUUUCAUCAACUAAAAAUCUACUGCUUACAUGAUAAAGUAAGUCACAUUCUACCACUUUUGAAAUUAUUUGAUUAAUUUGAAACUUGAACUGAGUGCUUUUUCAGUGCGUGGUAAUAAAUCAAGAUGGUACCAGUUAUGAAUCAUUGGAUUUUUAGUGGUUGAUAUGUUUUGAAAGCAAUUUGAUCUUCGUAAGACAGAUUAUGAAUUUUGAUUGGGUGUUUCAAGGUGUUUUUGAACGGUUGCUACACACUAUUAUCCAAUUAACAAAGCGAGAAAAAUAGCUUGCACAGAAGUCAAGUUGUUGCAUUAACAACGAAUGAAUCAAAUGAACAUUCUCUGAAGGAAUUGCAUGUUAUUAUGAAAAGCAGCAAAGAGAACUAAUAACCUGGUAGUUUAGAAUAGGGUAACUUGUUUACGCGAGUAAUUGCCGAUGAAUUUAAAAAAUAAUUGAUAUAAUCGAUAACGAAACCAGAACGUAAACACUCCUCAUCAUUCAAAACUGGUACCUCUUACCGCGCGGCACCAUCUGAUGGAUGAUUAUGGAGGCGCGUUGUGCUCCAACAGGGUAUCUGUGUUAGUAAUUUAUUUGUUGAUUUUUAUGCCAGCUGUUGACUCUGUAGCAAACUGGUGCGAAGAUAUGUUUGCUUGUAGAUAAAACCGCAUAGGAUGGCCAAUAACAUUACUAAUUAGCUAGGCGAUACAUUGGCUGCAGGGUACGACCUAUCAGUCUGUGAAAUCACAAAUCGACUAUCGGUCGAAGCCGGUUUCUGCAUAAACAGGUAGAGGAGAGGCAGCAUUCGAGUUUUUCUCGGUGCAAGUGUACUGUAAUGGAAUUUAAAAACAAACUGUGUGGAAGUAUAAUUCGCGUAAAGACUCAAAAUAUGUUAUAUAAAGCCACAAAUUAGUAUAUAAUUUGUAUAUCUUUGAAAUUGUACAAGAAUACCGUUUAGAUUGGAAAUACGAAAACCAAACAACCAUACAAAUACACUGUUUGCAACAGAAUAGAACAGACUCAUUAUCCGUCUACAUUUUACAUCAUCGUAACUGAUAUCCAUCAAUGCUUUUUGCAAAUAGACAGAACCAUUUCCGUCGGGCAACACAGAAAAAAAAACAACAAACAAAUUCAGAACACGCUUUUUACAACCAGAGUACUCGAAGCAUAUGGAGUCGCUUUGGACACUUUUCGUUUAGAUAGGCUAUAAAUUUGCUUAAAUGAAAUUUGCGAUCAAAAUAACUUUGAAUACAAUCUACAACACAACACAUAGAGCAAACACCAUUGAAACACAUUGCUUAGCCGCAUAUAGAUCCACAAAAGUAAUAAGUCAGAGUCUAAAAAUGGCCCGUCCAUUUUGGCUAGUGCAUCCGGGUGCUUAUAGCAAUUUUUUUCAAGAACAGCCGUAUUAAUAUCCAACAUUAGGAACUGAUAUAACAGUCCACAGUUACUGCUUUUUCGAUGAAUUUUUCAUUAAUAUGAUAGCGAAGUCGUACAUUUUCACAUUGACAUUAUGUAUUAUUUGACUCUCACAGUGAUGUUCAUCAGAAAAUAAAAUUGCAGUUUUUGUUAUACUGAAAAAAUGGAACAUGGAAAACAAAUAUAACUUGUUAAACUUCCACAAAGAUCGAUCAGGCUGGACGCUAAGUGAAACAAUAGGGUGAACACAUAAGGAACUGAGAGGAUGGCAAACAGAUAGUUCACAGAAUUGUGUUAUAUAAGCCUUCAGUGCUUGCGAGUUCAAGUUGUUCAAAACUUUGUUGUCAUGUGAGAGCAAAUAAUUUCCGCAUAAUCUGUGAACGUUAAUCCUUAUGUGAACAGAUGUGAGUGAUAAAUUUCACGUCUUCAUCAUCCGAUUUAGUUACGUAUCGUUACCCUAAAUAGGAAGCUUGAAACAGUUGUUUUAUUGGACAAUAAAGUUUGAUUAUUAGUUUCGUCCAUUCUGUACUUGGAAGAUGACGAAACAGUCAACAGCAUAUUUCAUGAAAAUAAAAACUAUGCUUUGAUUUUCUGGAUUCAGUAUCCAAUGUGAAUGUUUCGAUAACAUCAAAGAUAAUUCUUUUUCUAAAACAGCAUCCAUUUUGAGUAGAGUAACAAAUUGAUUGUUUCAAGUUUUUUAUUUUGGAAAGAACGCUUUUCUGUAAUUAUGUUUGUCUUGGAAAUUUUGUCAGUGAUUUAUUUUGGAUAUAUAAUCUAGAGCACUUAAACCGAGUGCGUUGCAAUUACUAACCACGAAAACUACUAGAUAGAAACUACUAAGCAAAUGCCAAGCCCUCAACAUGAAAAAAGAGCUGUUGUCACAACUGUAUCGAAAUAGCCGCACACAGAUUACCAAUAAUUUCGACUUUUCACUGACUAAUGACGGAGUGCGUGGGCAAAUGCUGGCGUCCCAUCGGAAUAUUAUUCUGGUAGUGAACUUUUGCGAAAACAGGACUAUAGUGAUAAACCGAUUGUAUGGAAGUAAGACACAUUUUUAAUAACUAUAUUACAUUAUUAUCAUAUUUGCUGAAAUACCACUAAUGUCACUUGAAAGCCGUUGAUAUUUUGAGGACGAUUAUGUGAAUGACAACACUAUUAAUGGCAAACGAAGCAUUUACGUGUUAUUAAAUUAAGCGAUGGUAAAGUAAAAAAAAAA